AUGCCGCCAGGACCCCUCCCGCUACCAAUUAUUGGCAAUCUUCACCAAUCUGGUUUGAAUAUACCAUACUCAAUGGAAAAUCUUUGCGAAAAAUACGGAGACUUAUAUACAGUCACCUUUCCGAUAGGAAAUGUGGUUGUUAUUAACAGCGUGGCAAUGAUGAGAGAAGCAUUGGUAAACAAAAAGGAUGAUUUCGCUGGCCGAUCACAAGUUUCUCUCUAUCCUUUAGACCAAGUGCUUGAAAGAGGUGACAUCGUCUCUAGUGAUUUCUGUUCUGCCCUUAUGUUUCGGCGAAAAAUUUUCAAAACAGCACUUCAUAUUUUCGGUGAAGGAGCGAAUGAAGCUGAGAUACGAGUUCGCGACGGAGUCAUUGAACUUUUAGAUGUGAUUGAAGCCACAAAUGGUCAAGCAUUUUUUCCAAAGGAACACAUAUCAGCUACGAUAGUAAUUGUUUUAUGGAAAUGGCUCGUGAACAAGAAAUGUAACUACGGGGAUGCGAAUAUCAACGCACUUCUUCAAUUCAACCAUAAAAUGACCAGUCUUGUCGCACAGGGUAGUCUACAUCAACUCUUUCCAUUUUUGAGAUACAUUCCUUCAGAAUUCCACAAAACUAUAGAUGAACUGGAAGAUAUUAAAAGGCAAGUUUUUGAACCAGAACUGGCGGAACACAGAAGAACCUACAAAGAAGGCGUGACUCGCGACAUUACCGAUAGCUUCCUGUUUGCAUAUGACAAAGAAAAACGUAAGCCGAAUAGCAAAGACACGAGUAACGUCGACGUUGUGAAAUGCAUGAUGAUAGAUGUCAUUUUAGGAGGAGCCGACACAACCUCUGGUUUCUUCAACUGGUUUAUUUUGUACAUGAUUUUAUAUCCAGACUUACAAAAGAAGAUACAAGACGAAAUGGAUGAAGUGGUAGGCAGAACUAGACUCCCUUCUUUACAAGAAGUCGAAAACCUUCACUGGCUUCAAGCCACUGUGUGUGAAUUGAUCCGUCAUGCGUCUUUCCUACCCAUUGCAAUGCCACACAGUACUACACGCGACACAGUCCUUGAAGGAUACGAAAUACGAAAGGAUACCGUUAUUUUUUUAAAUCUAUUUCGAAUCAACAGAGACCCGACUGUCUGGGACGAACCAGCGCAAUUUAAACCUGAUCGGUUUAUUGAUGCAAACGGGAAGUUUACUGGUUGGACCGCGUUUCCUGGGUAUGUGCCCUUCGGAUUGGGUCGUCGUUACUGUCCUGGCGAGUCUUUGGCAAAAAUCCAAGUAUUCAUUGUUACAUCAUGUUUGUUGCAUCGGUUCUCAUUCGGAGUUGUGAAAGGUGAACCAGAGCCAAAGCUGGAAGUUGGCCCUCCUAGUUCGGUACGAAAUCCGAAGGAUUACAAAUGUGUCGCAAAACGACGAGCAUAA